UGAAGGAGAAAGAUGGUGGUUCGGUUACAUCAUGUUGAAGUACUUUGUCAGAAUUUGCAGCAAAGUCUGAAGCAGUUCUGUGGAAAAUUUGGAUUCAGAGUGCUUGCUCGUUCUCCGUCUCUUAGUCAAGUCACUUUAAACCGGGAUUCCAUAAAUUUUGUGCUGAGUGAGGGUGCUUGUGAGAGGGAUACAGUGUUCAAUGUCGCCCUUGAAGUCAAAGAUGUCGGUAAAGCGGUUGACAUCGUUAAAAGAAAUGAUGGCAAAAUUAUCAGGGGACCAAAAACACUUGCUGAUAGCAAUGGGAAAGUGGAAUCCGCUGUUAUCGGAACUCCUGUGGGAAACGUUGUGCACACAUUGUUAAAUGCAUCAGAUUAUAAAGGAGUGUUUUUGCCGGGAUUCAAUGUUUGUGACAACACGAUUGCGUUACAGGAGCCGGAUUAUGUAACCUCGACAAAUUCACCACAUCACAAAACAAUUCUUGGUGAUCGUAUUUUGACACAUUUUGAUCACAUAACGUUUGCAUGCCCUCUAGGAACUUCCCACUCCAUUAUGAAAUGGUACGAAAAUUGCUUUGGGUUCACCAGGUUUAAUAUCAGUUCGGAUGAAAGUGCAGAUGGCUUUAUUGUGCAGAGUUCAAUACAAGGUGCUAGUAUUGGAAUGAAGUUAACUGCAAUGCAGUAUUGGUUUUGUUCUGAGUCAGAGCUGACUAUAGACACUGAUGAACCAGGAGGAGGAGUUAAGUUUGUAUUUGCAGAACCUCUCCCUGGACAAGGUAUGUACAAGUCAAUUUACCUACACAGACCUGCCAACUCUCCCGGUUCUCCUGGGAGUCUCCAAGUUUUUCAUCAAAUCUUGCGGUCUCCCGGUUAGAGCACCAAACCUCCUGGGAACUACCUACUGUGGCUCUUGUUAAAUUUUUUUUUUUUCAUUAAUUUCGUUAUUUUCAAGACGUCGGGAACGUUCGGAAGGCCUUUGGGUGAUUGUCGGAGAGUAUUCAGACAUUGUCGAAAAUUAUAUUCUUACAAUGCAAAGAUUUCUAGGCGUCUCCAGGUUUUUGUACUCUGGGGGUUGGUAGGUAUGCCUACAAAAACCAUAAGUGAAGGCCAACUAUCUAAUUAUGGCCUGACCCUUUAACUUGAAUGUAAAACUGUAUUCACUGUCUGACUGCUGAUAACCAUUGAACCAACCCGAAACUAACCUUGUUUGGGGGUGUAGGCAUGUUUAAAACACAAAAUGAUGGGAUCCAGAUAUCUGUAAGCAUCCGCCUUUACAAAUAUUGAGAGCUAAUCACAGUUGAGACAGUGAUGUUUGGGCAAUUUUCAUCGUGCCAUAAUUUUUCAUAUAGAUAAAUGUAUUGAUUCAGUUGAGGCCCUGAGCUACUGUACUGUAUUUUAAUUCCAAACUUUCACCGUUCUACAGCAUCAUCAGGGAAUGAAAGAAAAUAUUCCAUAGUGCAUGACAUAAAAGUGGUGUAGGUGACACGAAUGAUAGAAUAUCAAUGGAAGUAUAUGAUAACAUGGACAAUAGCUAAUCAUUAGCGGUUGUCCAUUUUAUCGUAUAUUUCCCAAAGAAUGUAUCGAACUCGGAGAACCUUUAUUUUAUUUCAUUUCAUUUUAUCUUGAACUGCCUUAUUUCUAUUUUUACCGCUUUAUCACUUCUACUCAUUAGCUAUUGUCCAUAUUAUUGUAUACAUCCAUAACCAUAUUUACACCCACUGUCCUUAAUAUAUUCUAUCAUUCACGUCACUUACACCACUUUCAUAUAACGCACUAUGGAAUAUUUCUUUCAUUCCCUGAGGAUACCGUAGAAUAGCAAAAACUUGGCAUUAAAAUAUAGUACAGUAGCUCAAGGCCUCAAUUGAAUCAAUAUAUUUAUCUAUUCCGAUAUGCUGCUGAAGGACAACUUCAAAUGUUUAUAAUUUUUCAUGUUUUAAACAACCCCAGUUCAAGGCUGUGGUCUGAGAAAAAUUCCAAGAGCUAAAAGGUUCCUAACCAUGUGCCCAGCACUUAAGUUUGUAUGAAAACAGUAAGUUUUGCCAGUCGCCCAAAGGCAAAAGUUAGUUGCCUGUGGCACCCAGGCACUUCUAGAGCAGAGCCUUGCAGCUGUUGCAGUAUUUUGCACCAUAGGUCAUGCAAGACAGAUCAAGAGCUGCUCAAUUAGUGAGCAGAGGAUGUCUCCUUUUAAGACCCACCAUGUUGACUAACACGUUAAAUAACCCUCAUGUCAAGAUACUACAAAGUUGAACAAAAUUCGAUGGGGAGGGGGUGCUCAGAGCCACCUUAAAUUUUCAGUAAUUUGAAAUAGCUUUAGACUCUCCCAACAUAAUCUUUUUAAAAUUCACAUAAAGAUACAUCUUGACAUGCUUUAUAUAAUUCAAUAUUUAAUAACAAAUGAGUUUCACCAAGCCAUUUUUGACCUAUAAGCACUUAAACCUAAAAUUAGGGGGGUUUUUUAGCAGGAUGCAUCACUACUAUGGUAACCUGUUAUGGCAUUAAGAUUACCACCAUUUGUCUGACAAUGUUAAGGCAAUUGUGUGAUACUAAUAUAUAACAUCUCUUGAUAAAGUAAAGUAGUAGUGAUCUGUCAGAGUGUGACUGCUGCAACUCAUUUCUUGGACCACUUGUCUUUAAAAAGACUCACAAAAAAACAGACUCUGAUUGGUUUAUUGGCCCUCAUUUUCUCCAAAACUCUCCAGCGAGGGAGGAAAAGGGCA